AAGGAAGCACACCCUGUAAACACGCUUGAACUUGCAGAAGCGGAGAAAAGAGUUUACAGUACAGUACAAUUGUCUUCAUGGAGAGAAGCGCGGGGACUAUUUCAGCUAUUAAAGCUCUGGGGUACUCGGGCAGGUGCUGCCUCACCCUGUGCACAUGUGACGAGCUUCCCUGUCCGCUGCUCAGCUGGUUGUGUGCAGAACUCAGGACUCUCUGUCCGGAGCUACCAGACUCAGAGAGGACAGGUGAUGUCCUGCUGGUGGGAGAGCUGAAAAAAUUACUGUCAAACAUAUCUUCUCCCCUCACUGUGCUGACCUCUGAGGUGCUGGAACCAUCCACUCUCAACAAAGUCACUGAGUUCCUUGUGUCAGAAUUGCAAGCAGCUCACAUUAUCAAGUAUAAAGAGUUGCAUCCUGCAGAGCAGACGGCAGAAGAGGACUCUAUUAAAGAGCAGCGAGCGGAAGAUCACAGCCAUGACUUUUGUCAGGAAAAUGAAGACGAUGACGCUUCAGAUGAAAGCAGAAGAGAGGCAGAGAUGCAGGCAGAAUGGAUUUUACUUCUGCGCACUCUCAACAUGGACGCCUCCUCUCAGUUUGAGGAUGUUUUGAACGAGGUGAAAUCUAGACUUUCACGUCUACUAAGUGGAGACAUGAUGAACCCUCUUCUCAGCACCAGCCUCAGCUCAGAGCAGUGGCUGCAAGUGAAAAAGAUGAAUCAAAUCCUGUCUGAGGACUAUCGGUGUAGGCGACAAAUGAUGAUCACACGCUUUCAGGUUACACUUGAAUCCUUCGCGUGGGGAGAAAAACAAAAGGAGCGCAGUGCCGCGUUGGCUUCAGUGCCUAAUCUUGCAUCCCUCGCUGGCUCCUCCCAAGUGUCUCCAUCUCUGCUGCUCGCUGCCAGAGAAGAUCAGUCCUUCAUUGGCCCAAUCAAAGCUGGAGCAAGCACCCCUGUUUACAAGACGCUGAUGGGCAGUGUACCAGACCGAGGAGGACGACCUGGGGAAAUUGAGCCCCCGAUGCCAGCAUGGUCAGAGAGAAGCUCGAAAGGAAACAGAUUUGGACGGGGAGGCAGGCAACCUCAUCGGCAUAAGAAGAAAGGAAAAAAAGAUUAAUGUGUCCCCCUCUUUGGCUUUACUAUCAAUGUAAGAAAUAAAUAGUAGUUUUUCCUUUACUGAAACCCUUGGUGUGAGGUAAACCAUGAUUGUGGAAUGCUGUAUAUAAUUUUGCAGUUAUAAAUCCGUGUAUAAUUUAUAGUUAUAAAUCAUGUACAUACCUGAUUGUGUACAUUUCUAUUAAAACCAAUGAAGUACUGGUACAUAACCAGAUGUUUUGGUAAAACUUUUUUUUCAUGUGAAAGGACAAAAAAAUAAUAAUUGUUAGCUUUCCACAUUUAUGAAUAGGUUUAGGUAAGAAUAAACCUCUGAAACACAAA